UUUAAAUGUGUAUUAUUAUAAAAUUUUAUUUGAACAUCGAAGCAAAAAUAAAAUUAUACAUUUUUUUUUAAAUUCAAACUAUUGUUUCAAAAAAUGAAUUUAAAAAAAUUACUUGUAUUAGAAUAACCUAAGCUGUGUGACAAAGCCAUGAGUUUUUCGAUGUUUGUUUAAUUAUUUAAUUUAGACAUUAGGAUACGUUCAUUUUUUUAUUUACCAUGGACUGUGAACUUGAAAUACCAGAAUCCUACAAGAAAAUAAAAACUGUUGCAAUAAGAAGCAUAGGAACUAGCAGCGACACAGUGAUUUGUACAAACGAGAAAACAAUUUUAGCAUUUUAUAAUGGUUGUUUAGUUAAAAGCUGUAAUGUAAAUAUCGAAGCCAACUGUAUGGAACCUUUUAUUAUAUAUGGUCCGAAAAAUGAAUAUUAUUAUAUUUUAUACGGAGAAAACAAAGUUGUUGUUGUUAAAGAAGAAUCAAAUCUUAAGGUUGUUAAGACUUACGAUAAUAUUUGCCAAAUGGUUGUCUGUGAUAAUAUGCAAACCGGCGUACCUCAAUUAUAUUUAAAAUCCAAUAUAGAAUUUGAAUGUGUAGACUUCAGGGAAAAUGAUUAUGAUCUCAACACAGAUAAUACAAAUCAAGAAGUUUCAAUCCUGUACACAUUUUGUGUAAAUAAAUUACAGAAAUUACAACUUUACUCCGAUAACGAGAGAAAAAAAUUAACUCAAAAAAUCAAUUCAUUUAAUAAAGUGUUAAGAGAAGUUUCAAACGAAAACAGUUCACUAGAAAAUUUAAACGAUAAAAUCGAUUUUUCCUCUACUGUCAUUUCAAAGUAUCCGUGGACAAAAUUAAACAAUGAACAAUUGAUGUGUGGAUUUACCUUACAAAAUAAAUCAAAAUUGAAUUUGCCGAUUAUUAAUUUAUUGUUAUUAAAAGAUAAUGAAAUAGUUUGGCCAAAAUUUUGGUACAAAUUUUGGGAAAUUAAGUCUACAAAAACCAGUAUAGAUUUUCACAGCGAAUAUCAAAAUAAUUGUCCAAUGAAUAAUAUUGUCAAAAGUUGUUUGAAUGUAGGCCCAGAACGUUCCGUCAUUGUCACUUGUUCUAUCAAUAAUUGGAGUAACGAACAAUUACCUUAUCAUAUUCACGCAAGAGCGUACAUUUAUAAUAUUAAUAACGAACUUGAAACUCAGUAUAUAAAUAUUGAAAAAUUUAAUAUUACUUCAAAAUUAUUUUUGAGUAAGGAAUUUGAUAUAUUCGUCAACAAUAGUAUUCUCGUGGAGGACAUAAUCUGCAUGUAUUGUACCAAAUCGUCAUGUUGCUACGAAAUCGCGUGCCUAUUGAAUGCAAAAGAUUUCGCCGGCAUACUAAUCGACGAUUUCAAAUUUGUCGAGAACAAUAAAUGGUUUUACCGAAGUGUUUUACCUUGUUUCAAGUCGUUAGUGUGCAAUUUACAUUGCGUUUCGCAUUCGCAAUACGAGUUGAAAUUAUUUUCCGAAUCUUCAGUAAACGCAAGUGUGUUCAUUCAACUGUUGUCGCAGAAAUUACCCGAACACACGGACAUCAGCAAGUCGGACGACCAGGCUUGUUAUAGUUUUGACGCUGACAAUGUAUUGGUAGACCUGAGACAACUGAGAAGCGUACUCAAAGACCAUGUAAACGAGGACGGCACGAUUAUUAUUCCUAGGGACAAGUGGAACUGCACGCGGUCCAAACUGAUGAUUACCUGAUAAUUCGAACAUGUCGCCGCGGUGAUGACGGGUGAUGGACACGGUGGCGCAGACAAUGUGGACGGCGGCGAGUACAAUCACCGGCAAGGACGCGCUUAGCAUCGUCCCAAGUGCGUCAGACGCACCCGACGACUGACUAACCCUCACCACACCAACACUCGGCCAUCAUCCGAAUGACCGUCGUAAGCUAAAAAAAAACAAUCAAUAUAAAUUAUAUUAUAAUUAAAAUAAGAAAUUAAAAUACCGUUCAAAAUAUGAUAAACGUUUGUACGCAUUUUGAAAUUCUUGUAGGCGACCAUACAGAAUUUU